AACGCGUCACUCCCUCCGUCCCAGUUAUUCCAUUGUCGCAUACCCCACUACAUAAUCACCAUGGCAAGCAUUGGCGGCGGUGGAGCAUACAGUUACUCGCUUACGGUCUUCUCACCGAGCGGAAAGCUUGUGCAGAUUGAGCAUGCCCUGGCUGCUGUAUCGUCAGGAACGACGAGUCUUGGUAUCAAAGCUUCAAACGGGAUCGUUAUCGCCACAGAGCGCAAGUCCUCUUCAAUCCUCAUUGACGACUCAGUGGUCGAGAAGGUCGCUGUCAUCUGUCCCAACAUCGGCAUUGUCUACUCUGGUAUGGGUCCCGACUUCCGAGUACUCGUCACGCGGGCGCGGAAGAGUGCGCAAGCUUACUGGAAGAUCCACGGCGACUACCCGCCAACCAAGAUUCUCACACAGGAGAUUGCGAACAUCAUGCAACAGGCGACACACUCAGGAGGUGUGAGGCCAUAUGGCGUCUCACUGCUCGUGGCAGGCUGGGACUUCAACCGAGGACCCACGUUGUAUCAGGUUGACCCAUCGGGAUCCUUCUGGGCGUGGAAAGCGAGUGCGAUUGGCAAGAACAUGGUCAAUGCAAAGACGUUCCUGGAGAAGCGAUACAACGACGAUAUAAGUCUGGAAGAUGCCAUUCACACGGCGCUGCUGACGCUCAAGGAAGGCUUUGAAGGCCAGAUGACGGAGAAGACGAUAGAGAUCGGUGUCAUCACAGUCCCCACCCAAGAAGAGCUCGAAGCAGGCAAGAUCGAAGGCACAGGUCGCUUCAAGCCGACGUUCCGGAAGCUAACUGAGGAGGAGAUUCGAGACUAUCUGGCUCUGUAGACAUGGACUUUUGCCUCGAUCAUAGCGGUGUUGUACGUCUAAAGGAUUCAUGUGUACCUUAUGGCCGCGGUAGCGUCUCACUUUCGAAACCAGUCCGAAGGUUACGACAGCGAGUGGACACCGUGUGGGGAAACAUCUCGUCAGUGUUCAGCACCCGGUGCCGCGGCGAGCACCCCACGGCAAAUUAUCAGUGCUUGUUUC